AUGAAGCACUUGGAUCCGAGGCUAGCAAACCAACGCACUUGUGCCACUCGUGGUCGGGACGCUGGCCAGCAGGUCGAUACCAUCCGUCCCGCUCGUGGAACCCCAGCGAGGGCAGCCACACAGAGUCAGAUGCAGCAAUCUACUUCAAUAGCCACCAGAACACACGGGGCCAAGCGUAAAUCGAGCGCGCAAUUGAUGCCUGGCUCGCCCCUGGUAUCCAAAAGAAGGUCGAUCCAGGGGCCGUCGACAAAGCAGGCUCAAGUAGCCGUGAAUGCUCCAGCCCCCGUUCCUGUUGACAGGCCUCAGUUAGAUGUUGCGAACGCUCGCCGUGACGUUUUGGAGCCCCAACCCGACAUGAUGGCCAGGUGUACUCCAGAGGAGCAGGCUAAGAAUUGGGACGCUGCCCUCGUGGCGGAAUUCCGAGCUCACAUCGAUCAAAAAAUCCAGUUCCUCCACCGUCAUCUGGAAUGGGAUCGGGAGACGUUCAACCGCCAGUUCGAGAUCGACAGCCGACGGCUUGAAUGGGAGAAGCAGAUGUAUGACCGCCAGUUGCAUCUCGGCAACCCCCAGUACGAAAGAGAGAAAGAGGCCCUCGAACGACGGUUGAAUGCCGACCAGCGCCGAUUUGAGCGGAGGAAAGAGCGCUAUGAGAGAGACCGGGAGACGUAUGAGCAGGACAGACGAUGGCGGUUGGAUCGGGUGUUGGCUGCCGAGCAGCGUCUUCCAGCGAGCUUCCAACUUAUGUGUUGGGGAUUCCGGCGCCUCAUGUCAAGAUCGACGUUCACCCCCGAUAUCGCUCCGCUCCUGCGAUCCAAAGAAAGCUGGGGUCGGGUCUCAAGGCGCAAGCGUAGGAAUGUGGUAUCGGCAGUCCUUCUCGAUGACCCUCCUGAGCCGGCCGGGCCGACCUUCGCCGACGGACGACGUCUGGCCAUCCACAGUGGCACGCAGACCCGCUCUCGAAUGGAUCGGGACGACGAGGAGGAGGAGGGGCCAUGGACAUUUGCAGAAGCGUUCCAGUCCUACGUCGACCAAAAGGGCGAGUUCUACAGCCGCCAUUCGGCAUGGGAGGCCGAGAAGUUCCGGCGCCAGCAGGCUCUUCUCGACCGUCGCAGCGACUGGGAGAGCGAGAAGUUCGAGCGCAAAUUGAAGGCCGACAGGGAGGAGUCUGAACGCAGGAGGAGGGAGCUCGACCGCCGGAUGCAGGCGGAUAGGGAGGAGCUCGAUCGCCAGUUGCAGGCCCAAAGAGCUAGCGUACAACAAGAACUGCUGGAGAUUAGGCGCCAGUGGGAGACUUGUCGAGCUCAAACAAAUAUAAUCUAG